UUUACUGCAGGAUAAAUAAAGAAGAAAACGAAGGAGCAAAGCAUUGACUACAAAUGUGUUAAUAAUGAGCAAGUGUGGCAGGAAAAAAUAUAUUAAAACAAAUCUAAGACAAAUGACCAUGGAAACAAUUGACUCUCAGCAGGAUGGAAGUAUACCAGAUUCUGUGGCAGAGAGCGAAUCUGCUCACAUGCAGAUGCAGACUGGUCAAAAUUCAAUCCCCACUUUAGCUCAGGUUUCUGUAGCUGGGUCAGGCACCGGAAGAGGCUCCCCAGCUGUAACUCUAGUACAGUUACCUUCAGGCCAAACUGUACAUGUCCAGGGAGUAUUUCAGACACGACAGCCAUCGGUUAUUCAGUCACCACAAUUACAAACUGUUCAGGUAGCAACAAUUGCGGAGGCAGAUGAGUCUGCAGAAUCAGAAAGUGUAAUUGAUUUUCAUAAACGCAGAGAAAUCCUUUCACGAAGACCCUCUUACAGAAAAAUACUGAAUGAACUUUCCUCUGAUGUGCCUGGUGUUCCCAAGAUUGAAGAAGAAAAAUCCGAGGAAGCAGGAACGUCACCUAAUAUCUCUGCUAUGGCAGUGCCGACUAGCAUAUAUCAGACUAGCACGGGGCAAUACAUUGCUAUAGCCCAAGGUGAAGCAAUCCAGAUUUCUAACCCAGGAUCUGAUGGUGUUCAGGGACUGCAGGCAUUAACAAUGACAAAUUCAGGAGCUCCUCCGCCAGGUGCUACAAUUAUACAGUACGCAACACAGUCAGCAGAUGGCACACAGCAGUUCUUUGUCCCAGGCAGCCAGGUGGUGGUUCAAGAUGAGGAAACUGAACUUGCCCCAAGUCACAUGGCUGCCACCACUGGUGACAUGCCGACUUACCAGAUCCGAGCUCCAACUACUGCUUUGCCACAGGGAGUAGUGAUGGCUGCCUCGCCGGGAAGCCUGCACAGUCCCCAGCAACUAGCAGAGGAAGCAACACGCAAACGAGAGCUGAGGCUAAUGAAAAAUAGGGAAGCUGCUAAAGAAUGUCGACGUCGAAAGAAAGAAUAUGUCAAAUGUCUGGAGAGUCGAGUUGCAGUGCUGGAAGUUCAGAACAAGAAGCUCAUAGAGGAACUGGAAACCUUGAAAGACAUUUGCUCUCCUAAAACAGAUUAGUAGAAAUAUUUAACUAUGAACUGAUUGCAAUAUGUACAGUUGCUUUUGAAGGCAAUACAAUAUAAAGCCAGCAAGAAUUAUGGCUUUUUUUCCCCUUUAUCAUUCAUAGUAUUUUCUAAUCUCUAACAUUCCCACACUGCUUCACUGUAUGUAGUUAACUCUUAGCUGUAACUUCAAUUUUUUAAAAGAGGCAAACUGUAAAAGAAAAAAAUUCUUAAAAUGCAACAUUU